AAUGCGCAAAUACGUGAAGAAAAUUCAAUGGUUAAUUUCUCUAAAGAAGUUAAUCGACAAGUUCUUUUAUCGACUGCUCUAAUUGAAGUUUUGAAUCCAAUAACCAAAGAGGCAACCAAAGUGCGUGCCUUAUUGGAUUCAGGCAGUCAAUCAUCAUUUAUUACAAAAAAACUACAUAAAAAAUUAUCACUAAAUUCAACUCCUAUUUCCAUGAAUGUUAUUGGCAUUGGCCAUAAUGCUACCAAUAAUAUAACUGAAAGUUCUAUGGUACAAAUACAAUCUCUAAAUAAUAAAAGUAAAUUUAAAUUAAAUUGCUUCGUUCUUGAUAGACUUACAGGAAGUUUACCACAAUUUUGUGUAAAUUUAAAUUUACCCAAACAGAUUAUGUUAGCGGACCCAACAUUUGACCAACCAGGUCCUAUCGAUAUGUUGAUAGGUGCUGACCUCUUUUGGGACAUUAUACUAUCUGAGCAGACUUCCUUAGGUCCAAACAAACCAAAACUUCGUAAUUCUGUAUUUGGCUGGCUGAUCGGCGGUCCCAUAAAUACAUGUAAAAAUAAUGAUAUUCAUUGUAAUAAUAUAAUUGUCAAUGCACCUUUAUCUAAAGAAUCGAAUGUUGACGCCCUUCUUACUAAAUUCUGGGAACUAGAAGAGCUUCCUCAAAAAACUAUUUUAAAUCCAAUAGAAUUAGCUUGCGAAAAUCACUUUCGUACACAUGCACAUCGUCUUGAAACAGGUAGGUUUUCCGUAAGUUUGCCACUUCGAGACUCACCAAAUUGCUUGGGUGAUUCUUAUACUCUUGCUAAAAAACGUUUCACUAAUCUUGAGAAGCGUUUUCGAAAGAAUCAUACAUUGAAAAUGGAAUAUAUUAAAUUCAUGACCGAGUAUGAAAAUUUGGGUCACCUUUCAGAAUCUCCUAUUAGAUUGCCAAAUCCAUCAUACUUUUUAUGUCAUCAUGCGAUUUUUAAAAUAGAAAGUGAAUCGACUAAAAUAAGAGUUGUUUUUGAUGGUUCCGCACCUUCGUCCUCUGGUUUCUCAGUUAACGAUUUGCAGAUGAUUGGCCCAAAUGUACAGGAUUCUCUCUUCUCCAUUUUAAUUCGUGCCCGACAAUAUAAAUAUCUACUUACCGGGGAUGUAGAAAAAAUGUAUCGACAGGUUGAAGUCAAUCCGGAUGACAGAAACCUGCAGUUGAUAUUAUGGAGAGAAGACGAGUCUUUACCUAUCAAAACAAUGCAACUAAAUACUGUCACUUACGGUACAGCAAGUGCCAGUUAUUUAAGCACGCGAUGCUUGUGGCAAGUUGGUGAUGAGUGUACUGAUGAAUUAAUAAAAACUAUUAUUCAAAAGGACUUUUAUGUAGACGAUCUAAUUACGGGUUCAAAUGACGAGAUGGAAUUACAAUACAUCCAAAAUUCAGUGGCUACAGAAUUGAAUAAAGGAUGUUUUAAUUUACGUAAAUACAAAUCUAAUUUACCCAAUAUUAUUCAAAAUUCUUCCAACAUUGCUUCUCAGGGUAACCUGAUUAUUAGUGAAUCCUCAAGUACUCUUGGUCUAGGGUGGAAUCCUAAUAGCGAUACAUUACAUUUUCCUAUAAAUAUACCAAUUCCAAGCGAAACCAUAACAAAAAGAUUUAUUAUGUCUAAUGCUUUUAAGAUUUUCGAUCCUUUGGGUCUGUUGAGUCCUUGUAUAAUGCAGCCAAAACUUAUGCUUCAAAAGCUAUGGCAGCUUAAAGUUGGUUGGGACGAACCCGUACCUGACAACAUUGAGCAAGCGUGGCAGGAUUUUGCCAAUGGAUUACCAGUUCUGUCCAAUUUACAAAUUCCUAGAUUCGUUGCAUGUGUUUCGCCAAAAUUCAUAGAAAUUCACUCUUUCAGUGAUGCGUCCCAAGUAGGUUACGGUGCAUGUGUAUACGUGAAAACUAUAGAUAUCAACGGUGAAAUUUUAGUUAAGUUACUUUGUUCAAAAUCAAAAGUAGCUCCACUAAAACCUACUUCAAUACCUCGCUUGGAGCUUUGUGCGGCACUUCUUGCUGCUCGACUAUCCAAAGCAGUAAUAGAGUCAAUAAGGUAUGUUCCUGACCGCAUAAUCCAUUGGUGCGAUUCCAGCAUCGUAUUGGGAUGGUUAAAAGGAGAUAUAUCUAAAUUAAAAACAUUUGUGGCUAAUAGAAUAGGUGAAAUCCAAGAAAACACGCAGUCGUCUUCCUGGCGUUAUGUUCCCACUGCAGAGAAUCCUGCCGAUUUAAUUUCACGUGGUGUAAGUGCCGAUCAGCUGUGUCAUACAGACAUGUGGUGGGAAGGGCCCAAAUUUCUGCAAAAGAAAGAAGACGAAUGGCCAGUUUUAAAACAUGAUAAUUUUAAUAAUUUACCUGAGCUUAAAGUGGUUGCUACGUCCGUCAUUGUAAACAAAUCAAUAAUAGAAAUGGAACGGUUUUCAAAUCUUAAUAGACUGCAAAGAUCGGUCGCUUAUGUCAAUCGCUUUAUAUACAAUAUAAAAAACCCCAAUAUCAAAAUAUCAGGCCCAUUAACUGUUGAAGAGUUGAACAAAUCUUUUAACUUUUUAUGCACUAUAUCCCAACAAGAAAGUUUUCCCAUUGAACUUAAAGCGUUAUCAAAUGAAAAAUUUUUGAAUACGAAAUCAAAAAUAUUAUCAUUGUCACCGUUUCUUGAUAACGAUAACUUAAUACGAGUGGGUGGGCGUAUAGACGCUUCAACCUAUCCAUAUAAUAAAAGACAUCCAGUUUUAUUAGAUUCGUCUCAUUAUUUAUGCAAAUUGAUAUUUAGAGCAGAGCACAUUCGCAACAUGCACGCUGGCCCACAACUGCUUCUAGCCACAGUCAGACAAACUGUUUGGCCCAUUAAGGGUAGGUUAUUAGCACGAGCAACUGUACGUAAAUGUGUACGUUGCCGACGAGUUUUAGGAAAGACGUUAUUGCCAAAAAUGGGUGAUCUACCCUCACAAAGAAUUACGCCAGAUUUUCCUUUUACAUCUGUUGGUAUUGACAUGGCUGGACCCUUUAUUACAUUAAAUCGAAAGGGACGAGGAGCUAAAUUAUCUAAGUCUUAUUUAUGUUUAUUUGUAUGUCUACGGUACAAAUGCGUUCAUUUGGAGGCUGUAAGCGACCUCACUAAGGAUGCUUUUAUUAUGACCUUACGUCGGUUUAUAUGUCGUCGCGGCAAGCCAGCGGAAAUAUUUUCCGAUAACGGUCGUAAUUUUGUUGGAGCCGCUAAAGAACUUAAUGGUUUUCUAAAGACUAAUAAUGAAAAAUUAUCUGAGUUUGCAGUUCAGGAAGGCAUUAAAUUUAUUUUUACUCCUUCUUACGCUCCUCAUUUUGGUGGUAUUUGGGAAGCAGGAAUCAAAUCUUCCAAACACCUUAUACGUCGUGUAAUGGGCAAUUCUCAUUUAACCUUCGAGGAACUUUCGACUCUUUUUGCACAAGUGGAAUCUAUAUUGAAUAGUCGUCCAUUGUGUCCCUUAUCCCCUUCCCCAGACGACUUCCUAUUCCUUUCCCCAGGGCACUUUCUGAUUGGAAAACCGCUGAAUGCUUUGCCAUCCCCUUGUCUAGAAGACUAUAAGGCAAGUUGCUUGCGUCGCCAUGCACGUCUUGAGCAAAUAAGACAGCAUUUUUGGCGAAGAUGGCAACAAGAAUACAUCUCUGAAUUACAAGUACGGACCAAAUGGAAACUUGAUACAGCCAAAGUAAAGAUUGGAGAUUUGGUCUUGCUGCGUGAAGAUACUCUUCCUCCGUUAUGCUGGCGUACUGGUCGAGUAACAAAAUUAUAUCCAGGACCUGAUGGAAUCUCUCGUGUCGCAGAUGUAAAUACAAAGACAGGAUGUUACCGGCGACCUCUUGUUCGCCUCUGCCCUCUUCUUGCUGAUGAAGACUAUUAACGAUGGAGACGAUUGAAGAGCGAGUCUUCAACGGGGGGAGUUUAUGUUAAUGACAAUUUCGUAAUUGCGUGCUCGGCCUGUUCGAGCAGGCGUUUCCUUUUUUAUUAUUGUCCUACCGUCCACUGUUGUAUUUCUGGCACGGGGCCAUCUUGUUUUCACUUGGAUAGUUGUAACACCAUUCAGAACAUUAUUGUUAACAUUUAUUUCUAAUAAAACGCAUUUUGAUCAACCAGAGUUUAUUCUAAAAUAAAUUUCAUUGUGUCCACGACGA